AUGAGUGACAAGGUUGAAGACGUGCCCAUUGAUGUGGAGCCAGUAGAUGCCACCACACCAGUUCCAGAGGAGAGAGUGGAGGAGACGGUAGAAAAGAAGGUUGAGGAUAAGCCAGAGGAGAAGACUGAGGAGAAGACCGAAAAAUCAGAAUCAGGAAAGGAUGCAGAACAGAAAGAGAAAGAGGAAAAGGAAGAGGAAGAAGAGGAGGCUGCGCCUCCUCCAUUGCCAAGCAGGAAGUCUACCUCUUCGGAGAUUGAGAAGCCUAAGGAGAAUCCUAUGUUGAAGGAAUUGAAGGAGGCUUUCCCCGGUGUAGAAGAGAAGUAUGUGAAGGCAGUGUUGAUUGCGUCACAGGGACAGCUAGAUCCAGCUUUCAACGCGUUGUUGUUCCUCUCAGAUCCAGGAUUCGAGAAAGAGGCAUCAUUGCCAACGAGACCAGUGCAUGCCCCUGUGCAAGCACACCCGGAGACACCCCGCCAACUGUCGCAAUUGGAGCAAGACGAGUUGUUGGCUCGCCAAUUAGACGAGAAAUACAACAAGCACGGCCGUUCCUCUGGGGAAAGGGCUGCUCGCGAGCGUAGAAUCAGACGUCGUCAACGUGACUACGAGAGAAGGUACGGCCAGGGUGCGCAAGCCCCAGAGGGCACAGAAGACUAUGACGAAGACAGCGAUGAUAUGUUCAGCACGUUUGUCGAGAAGGACCUACCCCAGAUCCGCGAAAACUUGAACCGUAACAUCCAAGAAACAGGUAAAAAGAUCAGCACCUGGUUUAGUGGGAUCAAGAAGAAUCUGACCGAGGAAGGCUCUGACGAACAGAGUGUCGGUGGGAGAAGCUCGCGGUCGAAGUUCAACUCGUUUGGCGACCGCUAUGGCGACGACAGCGUGGAUGACCAAACAAAAUUGCAAAAUGCAGGAAUCACCUUGGAGAACGAGGAUCUAGAUUUCGGAUCGGACGAUGAUGUGCCACCACAAUUGCCUUCCAGAGCCAAGAGCAAGCAUGUCGUGGCAGAAACCACGUACAUAGACACUCCGGAACAAGCAAGAACGAAGCACAAUCGGUCGCCUUUGAAGACCUUCGCUCCACAAGCCAUAUCCCCAACCAAGACCAAGGCAAAGGCCACCACGGAAACGACCCCAGAGACUGCUUCCAAGGACCCAGGCCCAAUUACCCUAGAAGACAACGACAUCGUCGUCGACUCCGACCUUGACAUAUAA